AUUCGUAACGUCUCUUUAUAAAAAAGUUUCCGAACUUUAAAUGUAAUGGGAGAACUUAGGACUCUGUGUGCUCCGAAGUCCCCGGGUUCUUCCCAAAAGGAAAACCAGGUGCUCCCAUGGCGACAACAAAACCCCGCAAUCCCAUCUCCCUUUCUUCUCCACCAAUCACGACCUUCCUCUAGCAGUUAUUAUCCCUCGAACUCAAACCGAUACUCAUUUUAUCCAGAUUUCCAUGGACUCCAUGCAAAUCACCAUAUCCUUUGUUCUUUCAUGGAUUCCCUUAAAAUAUCCUUCAAUUCCCCUCAAAUCAAAUAAACCUUUUUAAGAUCUUUUAGCUAGUUUGUAUUAAUUGAGAUCCAAUUGGAAGAACUGCAAGUAAUCUGUUUUCUGAUUAUCGAUUGGGAGAGUAGAAGCUCUGCAUCAAUGGAGGAAUUCAGGCACAUAUUGUUCGGGAAAUAUGAGAUGGGGAGGUUGCUGGGGAAGGGAACCUUCGCGAAGGUGUACUACGGUAAGAACACGGCCACCGGCGAAAGCGUCGCCAUUAAAGUCAUCAACAAAGACCAGGUGAGGAAGGAGGGAAUGAUGGAGCAAAUCAAGCGAGAAAUUUCGGUGAUGCGCCUGGUCCGCCACCCGAACGUCGUCGAGCUCAAGGAGGUCAUGGCCACGAAGACGAAGAUCUUCUUCGUGAUGGAGUACGUUCGUGGCGGCGAGCUCUUCGCCAGAGUCGCUAAGGGCAGACUGAAGGAGGAUCUGGCGAGAAAAUACUUCCAGCAGUUAAUCAGCGCCAUCGACUUCUGCCACAGUCGCGGCGUCUCGCACCGUGACCUCAAGCCGGAAAACCUCCUCCUCGACGACGACGAGAACCUCAAGAUCUCCGAUUUCGGUCUCUCCGCUCUGCCGGAGCAGCUCCGCAACGACGGCCUCCUCCACACUCAGUGCGGCACUCCGGCGUACGUCGCGCCGGAGGUCGUCCGGAAAAGAGGCUACGACGGAUCUAAAGCAGACAUUUGGUCGUGCGGAGUUAUUCUCUUCGUGCUCCUCGCCGGUUACCUCCCUUUCCAGGACGAGAAUCUGAUGAAGAUGUAUCGGAAAAUUUUUAGGGCAGAGUUUGAGUCUCCUCCCUGGUUCUCUUCCGACUCCAAACGCCUGAUUUCGAAGCUCCUGGUCUCAGAUCCGGAGAGGAGAAUCACAAUUGCGGCAAUAAUGCGAGUUCCGUGGUUCCGCAAGGGCUUCACGAGGCCCGUCGCGUUCUCGAUUGACGAUUCGACAGCGGAGGACGAGGAGAUCAUGUCGCCGGAACAGUCGAAGACGAAGGCGGUGCCGUCGCCGGCGUUUUUCAACGCGUUCGAGUUCAUAUCGUCGAUGUCGUCGGGGUUCGACUUGUCGGGGCUGUUCGAGAGCAAGAGGAAGAAGGGGUCGGUAUUCACGUCGAAGUGGGCGGCGCCGGCGAUCAUGGCGAGGAUAGAGGGGGUGGCGAAGGGGCUGAGGUUUAAGGUGGCGAAGGUGAAGGACUUCAAGGUGAGGAUGGAGGGGGCGGCGGAGGGGAGGAAGGGGAAGCUGUCGGUGACGGCAGAGGUGUUCGAGGUGGCGCCGGAGGUGGCGGUGGUGGAGUUCUCGAAGUCAGCCGGAGAUACGCUGGAGUAUGCAAAGUUCUGCGAGGAGGAGGUGAGGCCGGCGCUGAAAGACAUAGUGUGGACGUGGCAAGGCGAGUUGGGAAACGACAACUGCAAUGGUAACGAAGAGUGAAAGAUGAAUUUGGAAAGAGACAAAUCUCAGGAGGUCCUAAAGAUUCCAUUAGGCUUCUCUGCUUUUUCUCAUUUUGAUUUGUUUUUUGUUUUGUUUUUUAUUUGAACCUGUUUUCCGUUUUUGGUUGGAAGUCGGCAGGUGGGGGUUUUACUGUGAUUUGUAAAUAAAAAAGUGUUUUUUAUGUUUGAUGUUUUUGUUUUUCUUUUUUGAAAUAUACUAUGUAUAAAGAUCCUUGUGGGUACAGGUGGAACAAGUUGAGUGAAAUGAUGAAAAUUUUGCAACCA